AUGUUCGCCCAACGCGAGUUCUUCGUCCCCCCGCCCGUGGGCCUCACGGCCCGCCAGCGCGCCGACCUGCAGCGGAAACACGAGCAGGUGGACAUUGACGCCGCGCGGCGGUACGGCCUCGUCGUCGCCGACGUAAACGACAACGCGAGCCUGCGCUCCGUCGACGAGGAGAAGGAGGCCGCGAGGCGCGAGUACGAGCACCAGGUCAACGAGGCCGGUCGCGAGCGCGAGACGAGUUGGCGCCGCAAGAUUGCCAGCGCUUGGCGCAAGCUGUCGUGACACCCCGCCACUGCCGCCACGACACGACUCCGCGAUGCCGCGCGCUGGUGCCGCACGCACGCCGCACCUUACCCCACCCCGCACACAUACAUUCCCCUGUACUUACUAUACUGUUGUUUGGGCUCAACCCUAUGCCA